CGGAACAAAUCAAGAGACGAACAUCGGAAAAGUGGAGUGUUUUGUUUUCACUAUUGUUAAAUAAAAAUCAAAGGUAUCAUUGUUUCGUAAAUCUCAAUUUAAUCGUUACAAUAAGCUUCAUCUGUAGUGACUGAAAAACAGCGAAUUCCUGUAAAUCAACAUGGCUGACAAAGAGAAUCUGAAUAUGUGAUAAGUGCAGUGGGGCGACUUGCGCAAGAUGAAAGUAAUGCUACAAUGAAUUUGGAUAAAAGUUCUUGUGGAGAUUACACUAUUUGAAUUCAAAAACAAUUGGCGGAACCAGAUUGAUAGGAAAAAUAAUCGUAACUGAGUCCGAUAAAUGAAAGGUAUAACGUAAAAAAGAUAUCAAACGUCAACAGCAACAAUGUCCGUCCUGCUUUUAACUUAUUGGCUUUAUGUCGCAUCAUGGCGAUGUGCUAUGGCGAAUGUGCUAGUUGAUAGUGUAACGGUCACAGCGUCGAAUAUUGCUAGCCAAUUUUCUCUGGAUAACAGCUCCUAUUUUACGCAUUUGACCUACGAUAGACGGAGAAAUCUCUUGUAUGCCGGUGCCACUAACAGAAUUAUUCAACUAGACGUCAAUUUAAAACUAUUAAAUGAAGCCAUCACCGGGCCCAAGCUAGAUUCGCCUCAGUGUCAUACCGGAGGUUGUUCACCGGAAGAUAUGGAAACAAUGGAAACCAACAAUUAUAACAAAAUUCUGAUCUACAAUAGUGUCGGCGAUACGUUGAUAGCCUGCGGAAGUAUACAUCAAGGAGCAUGUAAAAUCUACUACUUGAGUGGAACGUUUCCAAACACAUCAAAAUAUAUGGAAAUCGCAUUAGCUGCUAACGACGAAAAUUCUUCGACGUAUGCAUUCAUUGGCCCUAGCAAGUAUCAAUCCUGGAAGAAAGAAGACAUCCUAUAUGUAGGGACGACUUUUACCAAUGUUGGUGACUAUCGACACGAUGUUCCGGCUAUUUCAUCCCGAAAGUUAGAUGAUUUGAGCUACGCCGAGUUUUCGAUUCAGCAAUCUAACAUAAAUAUCGACGUAAAAUAUAGGGACCAUUUUCUUGUCGACUAUGUCUAUGGUUUCAACAGUUCGGAGUACGCGUAUUUCAUGGUUGUACAGAAAAAAUCUCAUUUGGCUGAUGAAGCUGGCUUUGUCACACGAUUAGCUCGGAUUUGUGUGAACGACCCAAACUAUGAUAGCUACACUGAGGUCACGAUUUCAUGUUUGGUGGAUGGUGAGGACUACAACAUUCUGAGAGAUGCCAAAAUUACCCAUGCCGGUAUCAAGCUGAGUCAAGAUUUGGGCAUCAAGAAGGACGAUCAUGUUUUGGUAGCAGUUUUCUCACCUUCCAAAGAAAUAACUAACGAACCUCAACAUAAUUCUGCAAUGUGUGUCUACAGUUUAACUGAGAUUGAAGAAGUUUUCAAUGAAAACAUUCACUCUUGUUUCAACGGAAGCAUCAAAGACAGAAAUCUUGGUUACAUCUCAGGAACAAUCAACGAUGGUAAAUGUCCUGUAGUUGGUUCAAUUGGUAACAUAUUCAGCUUCUGCCAUGUGGGGCUGAAAAUAAGCGGAGUCACACCGAUCGUGGCUCAAGCUUUACAAAAUUUCCCCAACGAAUCGAUCACUUCAGUCACAACAGCAAACACUGGGCCGCACAAUUUAGCAUUUUUGGGGACCGCCGAUGGGUGGAUUAAAAAGAUUCUGAUGUCCGGUGCAUCGGCGGGAGAGUAUGAAAAAAUAGAAGUAGAUAGUGGUUCCAAAAUUUUACCCGAUACAAUGCUGUCACCUAAAAUGAACUUUUUGUACGUUUUGUCAGAGAAAAAGGUAUCAAAAAUGAAAAUAGAACACUGUAAUACUUUCACCAAUUGUUCGAGCUGUUUGGAGUCCAGAGAUCCGUUUUGUGGGUGGUGUUCUCUCGAAAAACGCUGCACAGUGAGAAAUGCCUGCCAAAAAGAUACCAGCACAGCUCGAUGGUUGUCAAUAAGCACCGGGCAACAGUGUAUUGAUUUCGAAAUGGUGAAUCCGGACAAAAUUCCAAUCAACCAAAUGGCUACCGUCCAUCUAAUAAUCCGUACUCUGCCAGAGCUUCCAUAUAACGCAAAAUAUAAAUGUGUAUUUGGAAACUCGACUCCGAUCGAUGCGAAUGUCACGAACGAAGGGUUGGUUUGUAAAACUCCGGCAAUUGAAAAACGGCCCAGCAUAGGACUCAACGCUGAUCAUAUUCUGGUGCCGUUGAGCGUACGUAGCUCCGAAACGAACAAGGAUUUCGUUUCCCGAAAUUUUGCCUUUUUCGACUGUUCGCGACACGAUAGUUGUCGCAAGUGUCUCGGUAGUACAUGGGGAUGCAAUUGGUGUAUCUAUGAUAACAAAUGCGUUUACAACACAUCGUCUUGCCGCAACACGGGAAGUGUGGUCACAAAGGAAGAUAUGUGUCCCCAUUUCAAGAAAAAAUCGCAACCCAUCCUGUUGCCCAACAAAGUACCCAAGGAGAUUAAAUUAGAAGUUGAAAACUUACCGAGACCGCAAAGCGCACAUACUGGAUUUCUGUGUACUGUAAACAUUGAAGGAGCCCAUAUGGUUCUACCAGCGCGAGUUGAGUCCAAUAAAUACGUUGUGUGUGAGAAAACUCCGUACUCAUAUGAAGCUAAUACGAACGAAUACGAGGCCAAGGUAGACGUCAACUGGAACAGGAAUCACUACAUUGAUACCGUGUCAAUUAUACUGUACAAAUGUGAUAUUUUGGGAUCCCACAGGGAGCAUGCUGAUUGUAGUCUGUGCGUUACUCGCGACAAGAAGUAUCAAUGCACAUGGUGUAACAAUCAGUGUGUAUAUAACGAAAGCUGUACGUAUGACACACACUUGAAUGAAUGUCCCAAACCUAGAAUAGACCUUAUCAAACCACUGAGUGGUCCAAUUGAAGGAGGGACACUGCUAACGAUAGAAGGCAGUAACUUGGGAAUCAGAGAAGAAGACGUGCGUGGCAAAAUUCGGAUUGGUAAUGUGCCCUGUGAACUGGUCAAUUACGAAAUCUCCGUUAAAAUCGAAUGUCGAACGGGAGCUGUAACCGAGGAAAUGAUCGCUUCGAUCAAAGUUGGAAACGAGGCAGGUUACACUGAGUCAAGUGUUCAGUUUCAGUACAAGGAUAUUCAGUUAUCGGGUCUGUAUCCAACGAUGGGUCCUCAGUCAGGUGGUACAAAAGUCUCUAUAAUUGGUAAAAACCUAAACAUUGGAUCUACGAUAAUGGCAUAUUUGGACGACUACCCUUGCCUUAUCAAUAUUACGCAAGCUUCUUCUGGUCGACUCACCUGCAUCACAUCUGCAGCACGUUCACCCGAGCAUAUAAGGACUUUAACGGUACUCAUUGAUAAGGCCAAUCGCACAUUGAAAUGUGGUGAUGAUAAUCAACUGAAUAGUUUACACCGCAACAGCUACCACUAUCAUAGUCACUAUGAAACUUGCAGUGUAUAUAAUUAUACAGUCGAUCCCAAGAUUAUGCAGAUAAAACCAUUGAAAAGUUUUAUCAGUGGUGGUAGGAUGAUGACCGUUCAUGGUACUAAUUUAGAUUCAAUUCAACAACCGGAAAUAGAGGUUUUUUAUGAGGACGAGCGUAUAAACAAAUCGGUGUGUACUGUUUUGAAUUCGAAUCAAAUGGAAUGUCCAUCGCCGGCAGUGAAUUUGAAGUUUAUCACAUACAUGAGAUAUUUAGAACAAUUCAAUGGAAAUUUAGAUGCAGGAAGCAACCAGAGUCGACCGAAAAAUAGAAGAAGUCUUAUUAGCUCGGAUACUUCCACGCUUCUAUCUACAGCAGAAAGUUUUAUAGGAGACAGUUCAGGACUCACUGUUUCUUUAUUUCCCGCAACACAAUUAAUAUCCUCGGAUGAGAUGCAAACCACUGCCUCAUUUCUCCAGACAACCAUUGAUGGAAUGAAUAAUGUACCGAUCGCAUUGAAAAUGCGAGAAAAUCAAGUUACAUUCCAGAUCAGUUUUAUAAUGGACAACGUGCUCUCUGUGAGGAAUCUCAAUAAACACUUCCAGAAUCUCAGAUCCACCAUGCUUUAUGUGGAAGAUCCGGUAUAUUAUCCUUUCUCGAAUUUCAAAAAACUUUAUAAAGGCGACACGCUGGUAAUCGAGGGUGAAAAUCUUAACGUGGCAAGUGACGAAUCCGACGUAAAUGUAACUAUUGGGUACAUGCAAUGCAAUGUAACCAGCUUAGCGCUCACGCAGCUAGUGUGUACGCCACCUGAACAACAACCCCCUCCGACCGAUGAAAACGGAACGGAACAAACAACACAAGAUUUACCUCUGGUGGUGGUUCGUGUUGGACAAAACCUUAGAUUCCCUAUUGGUUAUCUGAAAUACGAUCUGAUGAAGCCGUACACAUUUUCGCAUAUAUUGUUUGGCAUCAUAAUCGGUACAAUAUUCAUUGUAAUAUCAUUGGUCGUGAUCUUGGUGAUCUAUCGCCGAAAGAGUACGCAAGCCGAACGUGAAUAUAAGAGGAUUCAGAUUCAGAUGGACACCCUCGAAAGCAACGUUCGGAUGGAGUGCAAACAGGCCUUCGCCGAACUGCAAACCGAUAUGACUGACCUGACGGCGGAUCUGGAAAACAGUGGCAUUCCAACCUUGGAUCAUAUCAACUACAUAAUGAAGGUCUUCUUCCCGGGAGUUACCGACCAUCCGAUUCUGAACUCGUCUAAAUUUCGUGUAAACAUGGCUCGCACCAAUUAUGAUCAAGCUAUGCUACAGUUUGAGCAACUCAUCAACAACAAGAUAUUUUUACUCCUCUUUAUAGAAACUUUGGAAGCACAAAAAUCAUUCACCAUUCGUGACAAAGUCAACGUCGCGUCUCUGCUGAUGAUAGUGUUUAUGAACAAAAUGGAGUACGCAACAGAUGUACUGAAAUGCUUGCUUUUGCGGCUGAUUGAUAAAUCGGUUGUCACGAAACAUCCGCAGCUGAUGCUUCGUCGGACCGAGAGUGUUGUCGAAAAAAUGCUAACAAAUUACAUGGCCAUAUGCAUGUAUGAUUAUUUGAAAGACUAUUGCGGAAACUCACUGUUUUUGCUAUACAAGGCAAUCAAGCACCAAAUUGAGAAAGGUUUGGUUGACGCUGUUACUCAUGAUGCCCGUUAUUCGCUCAGCGAAGAGCGAUUGCUGCGCGAACAAAUAACACACAGCGUUGUGUCAUUGCACAUCAUCCAAGAGGAUUUGGAUGAAAAAAUACAAUGCAAAGUUUUAGACUGUGAUACAAUUUCUCAAGUGAAAUCGAAAAUACUCGAUGCAUUGUUCAAAAACACUCCAUUUUCCAUGCGUCCUUCCGUUCAAGACUUGGAUUUGGAAUGGCGCCACGGCCGAGGAGGUCAUCUGACAUUGCAGGACGAAGAUCUGACGACAAAAACCAUUGGCGGAUGGAAGCGUAUCAACACUCUUGCACACUACGGCAUCAAAGAAUCGGCGGUAAUGUCCCUGGUGGCAAGACAAAACGAAAACUACAAUAAUUUCAGCAACAAACAUCAGUAUUCUCAUUGUUAUUAUAUUAAUAACUCGUCUUCACACAUUUCCAUCAACGGUGAAAUUAUCAAUCACCCUUCGACGUUGCCGCAAAACCAUACGAUAAACUAUCAGAAUCAAUCGCAACAGUUAACACGUGUUUAUCAUUUGGUGAAACCGAUAGAUGAGAAAUCUUGCCUCGGGCACCAGCAGAAUCCUGAGAGAACUCACAAGGCAAUACCGGAAAUAUUCCUCACCCGUCUAUUGGCCACAAAGGGUACAAUUCAGAAGUUCGUCGAUGACUUUUUUGCCACAAUUUUAACGGUGAACAACGCCAUGCCACCCGCAGUCAAGUGGAUCUUCGAUAUUCUGGAUGACGCCGCCAAAAGACACGGCAUCAUGGAUCCGGAUGUUGUACAUGCGUGGAAAUCUAAUAGUCUGCCGCUGAGAUUCUGGGUGAAUUUUAUCAAAAAUCCAGAUUUCAUUUUCGAUAUUAAUAAAUCGCCGAGUGUUGAUGCCUGCCUUAGCGUUAUCGCGCAAACAUUCAUGGAUUCUUGUUCGACAACUGAAUAUAGACUGGGAAAAGACUCGCCAUCUAAUAAACUACUUUUCGCUAAAGACUUGCCACAGUACCGAGAAAUGGUUACAAACUUUUAUGCAGAGAUUGCACAUAUGCCGCAGAUAAGCGAUCAAGAUAUGUGCACAGCAAUGCAGCAAUUAUCUAUACAACAGCAGGAGGAGUUCGAUGUUAUUGCUGCUCUCAAAGAGCUUUACAUUUACAUCACUAAAUAUAGAGAUAAGAUCAUCGACUCAUUAGAUAUGGAUAUACACGCGAAAAAAAUGCAUUUAAUUCAUAAGUUGGAAAAUGUUGCCUGUACAUUAGAAGGACAAAAUUAUUUAUAACACGGAAGAUAAACAACACACUGAAAGAUCCCCGAUAUUAAGUAUUCUCCAAAAUCCACUACUCACGAUCAGCAUCGCUCUCGUCAUAUAUUUUAUGCAUUUUAUUUUUCGAGUCUGUAGUUCAAACGAAUGCAUUUAAGUUUUAUUAUGUGCCUAGAUUGUUUUUAAAGAUUAGUUUUGUAAAUAGACUUAUUUAUACAACGAUUUAUGUUCUUAGAACCUAUAAUUUAAAAGAAGAAGAAAAAAACUAUCAUGUGAUAGAAGUUUGCACAUGUAAAUAUGUAUCAAAAUACUCAGUUUUAAAAUUUUAUCGUCUACUUUUAUAAAUGCUUUAUUAUAGCUAGGCAUCUAUUCGAGUGUAUCUAGUGAAAUAUAAUUCACAUGAAUCUUA